UUGUUCCAGCGGUCGAAGAUGGCUACUUUAGCGGUAAAGGCUCGUAGGAUUGUUCCUCAACUUUUUAGUGUGUCCACGAAGAGGGCAGUGAUCUGCAGUUCUAGGGUUGAAAGUAUACGACUUCUUCACGUUGGAAGGUGUUUAUUAGCUGACAGAAAAUACACUAAGAAACACGAAUGGAUUAGUGUGGACAAUGGAAUUGGAUUAAUUGGAGUUACAGACUACGCGCAGAAAGAAUUAGGAGAAGUUGUUUAUGCUCAGCUUCCUGAAGUCGGGGAUACAUUUAAUAUAGGAGAUGAAAUUGGUGCAUUAGAAAGUGUCAAAGCUGCUGCAGAUAUUUACUCACCCGCAAAUGGGGAAGUCAGUGAAAUUAACAGUGAACUGGAAGGUAGCCCUGGUUUGGUGAAUGAAUCCCCAUAUGAUAAAGGCUGGCUUGUCAAAAUGAAAGUUGAGGAGUUGGCAGAUGACCUUCUGUCAGAAGAAGAAUACCAUGACCUAGUAAAGAGUAUUGAUCACUGAGUGUAAAUCGACAAUAAUAAUUAUUAUUAUGACUGUUAUUUAAAUUAUCUUUGUGUACUAGUUUUUUUUUUUUUGACUGAAUAGAGCUCAAAAUUUACACUUUUGAUAUAAAAGCACGUCUAAUUUUUUUAUCAUAACCUAUUUAUAUUGUAUCAAUUUUGGAUUCUAAUGCUAAGUGCAUUGAUAUCAAGCGAUGGAUAUCAAGCAGGCAUGAGCCAACCUUUAUACUGGAUCAGCAACAAUCAUUAUAGGGAUGGUUUAAGACAAUUAUUAUGAAAGGGGACAACAUCCUUAUAUAACACCAAAUUCUCAGGAAUUAGGAGAAUUUUCUCUUUGAUCUUUCAUGAAAAAGGAUUACAAUGCAUGUUGGUCCAUUAGAUAUCAAUCAUUUGGACUUACUAACCCUUAAACUCCCAAAGUUGAUUAAUAUGUAACUUCUCCAUAUGACAUCCAUACAUUAUCCAUCAAAAAGGUGAUAAGAACACUCAAACCUAUCAGGUAUAAAAGUUGCCACCUUAUCCUGAGACCAACGAAUUCUCAGAAUUUAUUUGCAAUGAAAUGCGUGGCAGCAAAAGUGGAGAAUCAACAAUUGGAUCGUUGGAGUUAAAAGGAUAGUAGGCUAUAAGAAAAAUUGAAGGGAGCCCAGUGCUCUGAAACUGUGAAAUCCAGGGUCCCCAAGGCAUGCCUUUUAUGAAAAAACUAAAAUUCCUGAGUUGCCCAAGAGCAAAAGUAAGGCGCUAGGGGUCACCGGGUGCUGGUAGACCCCAGCCCUCAAUAGGCUGUGAAAAUGCUUUAUAAAUGCUUGUUUUUCUUUUAUCGUGUGGUAAUUCUGUGCUCUACUAAUUUGGAAACAUUUAUGGGAGAUUUUUUUUCUUAACCACCAGCAGUGAUAAUAGAGGAAUUUCUCCUUAAAAUUUCAGUUAAGUUUUGAGCGGAGAGGUGAUGAGGAAAAGGGAAUGGAUUAUCAACCAAGGGAUAUUGUUUGAUUGAAAAUGUAUCCUCAGAUUUCAAAUAAGAAAUCUAAAGGAGACAUAGCAGAAAAUGAAAUUGAUAUCUUGAGAGUUAAGGGGUGUAUGAAGCACUGAACCAAAAAUGUUUUGUGUGCUUUAUUCAUGUUAUUAGGGCAAGUAGCUAAGUAUAAGUGUUUCUGUUAUUUGGAAAAGUGGCUGCAAUCUGAACCCUUUACUCUCUAACAUUAGUAUUUGUAUUCUCUGCAUUGAUUUCAUUACCUUUCCUGUGAUAAUGACAAGGAGAAUUUGUUUGACGAUCAGAAGCUUCUAAAUAAGUGAUCAGUUUCAUUAUUCUCAUGACCUCUACAUUUGAUUUAACCCUUUCACUGCCACCAGUGACCAAGACAGAAUUUCUUCUUACUGUAUCAAUACAGUAUCAAGCAGACAAGUGAAGAGAAUAAUGAAAAUUAUUAAUGAAGGGAUUAUUGGUGGAUCAAAUACUAAUUUCUCCAAACAAACAUUAUAAGAAUUGUACAGCAGACAGUUAGGAGAAUUAUGAAUGAGAUCUUGGAAGGGUUAAAGGUGAUACUGUAAGGGGAAAUUAGAAGCCAGUCACUUGUUAGGUUCGAUUGCCAGCGGCUGUUUGGGAACCAUAGCCCACACUCCACGCUUCCCUUCUCGGGGAGGAAUGAAAAAGACUGGACUCGAGAGAGGGGUGGGAAUUGAGCCUAGUCACUUGUAGAAUGAAAGGGUGAACUCCAAAUUGUCUUCAUUGAUAUGUUGGUCCUUUUGUUCCAAGAGAGUAGCUUUAGUUAGUACAUUCAGUAAUUAUUAAUGUGCAUUCAGGGGUUAACUGCUUCUGCUUUUUAGUGGAAGAUGAAAAUGAAAUGUGAGUAAUGCUCUUCUGAGAAUAAAGAAAUAAACAAUCUUUAUAGACCAUUACUGU